AUGGAAAACUACACUUACAACAGCUUUUACAUCCAACUGGAGGGCUUAAAGGUCACCAAAAUGUCCCUUUACCCGGUAUUUUUGUUUUUGUUUUGUUCGUACCUUUUUAUUAUGUUAGCUAACAUUGGCAUUGUAAUUCUGAUUUUCAUUGAUAAGAACCUUCACCAGCCCAUGUAUCUCCUUUUCUGCAACCUGCCUUUUAAUGAUAUUCUUGGAAACUCUAUCAUGGUUCCUCGUUUGCUUAUAGAUAUACUGCGGCCUCCCUCUGAACGCCUUAUCAGUUAUCCAGAGUGUGUGGUGCAAGCUUUUACUACACAUAUGUUUGGUACCACCGCUCACACUGUGCUCAUGAUUAUGGCUUUUGACAGAUAUGUGGCUAUCUGUAAUCCCCUGCGUUAUGCUGCCAUAAUGACAAACAAGAUGGUGGUCAAGCUGACAGUUUCUGCCUGGGGAGUAGCCUUGGUUACGGUCGGGAUUCUGCUCGGUCUGACCAUACGCCUGAACCGAUGCAGGACUAUGAUCACAAAUCCUUUUUGUGACAAUGCCUCUCUGUUCAAACUGUCCUGUGAGAGUGUGUUUAUUAAUAAUGUCUACGGCCUCACGUUCACUGUAGUGCUGUUCACAUCUUCAAUCGGCUGCAUGGUUAUCACCUACAGUAAGAUCACUGUGGUCUGUCUGAUGAAUAAAAACAAGUCUUUGAACAGUAAAGCCCUGAAGACCUGCAGCACUCAUCUUUCUGUAUAUCUAAUUAUGUUAUUGAGUGGAAUGCUUGUUAUCCUCCUGCAUCGCUUCCCUCAGUACUCAGACUACAGAAAACUAGCUGCCAUUUUAUUCCACAUCAUCCCCGGCAGCCUGAACCCUAUCAUUUAUGGGGUUCAGUCCAAAGAGAUACGAAAAUUCCUGUCACAAUUAUUUCAGCAUAAAAAGGUUUUGCCAUCAUUUUAA